UACAUAACCUUGACUUAAUGCUUUGUUAUCCUUACCUUGUUUAGUGUUAUAAUCACCUCCUCGUAUCUUUCAAAAUCACCCAAUUCCUAGACCUCAAAAUUGAUUAUCCAGAAAAGCCCUUGUACUAAAUCCCUGUAUACACAUUUUUUCUGUAUCCAACAGGAUUUGAAAUUCAGAGGUUUUGACAAUGGCAACGAAUUCUUCUAAUGGAGACCAUCAAAAAGCAACAAAGCAACCUCCCUUGCCAUCUCCUUUGCGUUUUUCCAAGUUCUUUCAGUCCAAUAUGAGAAUUCUGAUUACUGGAGGAGCUGGAUUUAUUGGCUCUCACCUAGUUGACAGAUUGAUGGAAAAUGAAAAAAAUGAGGUCAUUGUUGUUGAUAACUUCUUCACUGGCUCUAAAGACAACCUUAAAAAAUGGAUUGGUCAUCCAAGAUUUGAGCUGAUUCGUCAUGAUGUCACGGAGCAAUUGUUGAUCGAGGUUGAUCAAAUCUAUCAUCUGGCAUGCCCAGCUUCUCCGAUAUUCUAUAAAUACAAUCCUGUAAAGACAAUAAAGACAAAUGUAAUUGGAACGUUGAACAUGCUUGGGCUUGCUAAGCGUGUGGGAGCAAGGAUUUUGCUUACAUCUACUUCAGAAGUAUAUGGGGACCCUCUUGUGCAUCCUCAACCAGAAAGCUAUUGGGGCAAUGUUAACCCUAUCGGAGUUCGCAGUUGUUAUGAUGAGGGCAAGCGUGUGGCAGAAACUUUGAUGUUUGAUUAUCAUAGGCAGCAUGGAAUAGAAAUACGCAUUGCAAGAAUCUUUAACACGUAUGGACCACGCAUGAAUAUUGAUGACGGGCGUGUUGUCAGCAACUUCAUUGCUCAAGCAAUUCGUGGUGAACCCUUAACAGUCCAAGUUCCAGGAACUCAAACUCGAAGUUUCUGCUAUGUCUCUGACAUGGUUGAUGGCCUUAUCCGUCUAAUGGAAGGGGAAAACACUGGUCCAAUCAACAUUGGGAACCCAGGUGAAUUUACAAUGAUUGAACUUGCCGAGAAUGUUAAAGAGCUGAUUAAUCCAGCAGUGGAGAUAAAGAUGGUUGAGAACACUCCUGAUGAUCCUCGUCAGAGAAAACCAGACAUAACAAAAGCAAAGGAAUUGCUAGGUUGGGAACCAAAGGUCAAGUUGCGCGAUGGCCUUCCUCUUAUGGAAGAGGAUUUCCGUCAAAGGCUUGGGGUUGCCAAGAAGAACUAAACUUGUUUCUACUGAUUCACUUCGUGUCAUAAUGGAUAUUUCGAUAGUAACUGGGAUGAGUCUCUUAGUGUUAGAUAUUUCAUAUUGAAAAUUAUGGGGAGGGAGUUAUAAUGGUCUGUUAUAAGUUCCAUUGAAAAGGCGUUUCUUGUGUAUUGAGCUCUUUGCUUCCAGGGUAUAUUCAUCUCGUUUGAGUGGAUCUCUUUGUUUGUAUGAAUAAUUUACAUGUCAAUGAAUUCUUAUAAAUCUAU